UUUUUUUCUCCCUUACUAUGCUCAUGCAGACCCAGUCUUGGAUCCUCUUUGACGUACCAGCUGCUUAGCGUUCGCGCUCCUUGAAAUCAGAGGACUAAAGUCCCUUAGGCACAUGGCCUCGGAUGGGGCUUCUACCUACUAUGGGCUCCACCUCAACUUGUCAUUGCCCAGCUGUGGUCCCGAGCUGUGAUAUCCGUAUCCUCUCCUCAGCAGCAACAGUCAUUUUUGCAGCCAGCCACUGUUCAUGAUGAUCUCUCCGAGUAAAGCUCUUCCUCCUUGGCUGGGCGGGGAUGGACCAGAAAGCUGUCAUCGGUGGCCAUGAAGAUCGAAUUUAAAAGGCAUAUCUCACCCUCAAUGAUGGAACACGAUUAUAGAACAGCCACUCUUUCCCAGAGACUUAGCUUGGCUUCGCCGUAUUAGUAUAUCAACUGCGCUACUAUCCACUUUAUCUUUCCUUUGACCUACUUGGGCUGUUACUCUUCGGUCCCUAGUCGUCCAUUCCCUAGAAUCGCUUCUAAGAGAAAGUAGCCAUGGCAGACGGACUUAACCAGGCACGUGCCCUCAGAGUGGCUGAGAUCAUCAACGACUACCGAACCCUCCUGGUGCACAUCUCCCAACAAGAUAUCCCCGUGCGCGCAGAGGAUUGCGGCCUGCCAGGCUAUGUGGUGAUCCGCGAGAGUUUGGCUGCCGCGCAAGCCCUAAUGUCAUCUAACUAUACCCCUGUCGUUCCAGCCGGGGGGAAUGACGCGGAAACAGAAAAGGCAGAACUUCAACGGGUCAUACUCGAUGCAGGCGCCCGUCGCUUCCGAGCCCAUAAGAUUUACCUCCGCGCGGCAGCAGGGAGAAGAUGGUCUAUCAAUCGGGAAAAUGUGCUACGAGGACAGAGACCCGACCCGACACAUGCUCGUCGUUUGGAGCUCGUCGACGAUACAUUUCGACAGGAGCUCGCUCAGGUGACAGAUGAAUACGUUGUGGCUGAUCUUCGGGCAGCCGAUAUGCGCGCAGGCCAUUGGCUUAAUGACGAUCCAUCUCUAUCGGUAAUGCGCAAUUGGAUUCAAUCCCAUCCAUGAAGCACGCCAGCAUGUUUGCCGAGAGCAAAUCACGAUUCAUGUGGUGGCAUGACAGGUAAUUAAGCGCAGGUCGCUUAAUUGCGCCUAGGGAAGAAGCUGCCCCUCUUCCACCAAACUGAAAAAAAAGUACCCUCCCACACACUCUUUUUAGUGGGACCUGUUUUUACUAUGAUGCUGUUGAUGGUUAUGAUAUCCCCACGAGUGAUUGCCUAUGUUAGACGUUGGACAUUGUCGACUGUCUUUUGUUCUUUUCUACCUUUAAUACCUUUACUUUUCUUUUG